CGGUUUGCAUUCCUUGUCUGAGCAAACAAGCGAUUCGUUAUUUACGAAGACUUCGUUUCAAGGCCUUAGAUGCCAAUGUAAUCGUUAUGUGAGGCCCCUUAAAAUUUAUUUUUGUCAGUUUAGGCUUUCAUACCUGGUUUCAUGUUUACAAAGAGGGUGUCAUAAAGACGCAAGAUAGUAGAAUUAUUUUUCUGUUUGUGAUAAAACCUCUCUGUCGCAAGAUAAAGAUACAUACAAGAAUAGCAAUCCACAUCAAUUCGUUCAGGUUGUGUAUUGCCAGAUUAUCGGGUCUGCAGGGAGUGUCGACCUGCAGCUGUAGCUUCCGCCAGCUAACACUCUUCUGUUUCACAGGUGGAGUUGGAACUACCAACAAAGAUGGGACAUGCGCACUUCUACCUGGCUCUCUUGUUCAUAUCUGGAUACUUCGGAGUACACGCAUCACCUACACAGAGUCCAGUAGGAAGAAACGUAACACAUGCAUCUGUCGAGGAGGGUGGAGGAAAGGGCAAAGAGACCCAAACACAUCCUCAAAAGUACAACUCAACUGAGAGUAAGAGCAGCUCGGACGAAGUGAAGACGUCUAACCGCACCGUUACUCCUCUGGAGGAUCUUGCUACCAGUCUCGAUGAAACCACAUUUGUCCACUUAACCAAUCUACAACUUUCAAUCCCAUCGGAUCUAGAUUUUGGUAACAUCAAUCCAGAUUUCUCGAGAAUGAUCUUGAAUGUAAACUCGUCGAUAAAAUCAGUGCAAAUUGAAGGAGAUUACAAUAUUUUUGCAAAAAAUGAUGUCACCCUUCCAAUUUAUGGCCAGGGUAAUAUCACUGUCAGAUUCAGCAACGUUACUGUAACGGGAAGAACUUUCCUAGCACUCACUCCUGCCGCUCUUCUUGCUCUUGAUUUUGAUUUCUUAUACAUCCCAGAAGAAAUAACUGCCCAAGUUGUUCCCUUUUCUGAAACAACUUCAGCAGAAGAAGUGUAUCUUUCAAAGGAUAUUGUAUCCGGAACAUUGGCCUCGCUGAUCAAUAGGAAGGUGGAAGAACAGCUUGACUAUUACUUAGAAAUGCACAUAACUCUAGCUUUAAGUAAGAUAAAUGUCUUCACUGUAGGACACAAGAAUGAGCAAUCAGUAACCAACGAACUGCUGACACAGAAUGUACAGAUCGGCGAUUUGUUUGAUGGAAUGUUAGCAGAUGUAAAGAAAGACAUUUUGGAAAAUCGUAAGGAUGAGACAAACAUACCAAGUUUCCAUAGGAAUUUCUCCGAAAAGCUAGAAUCAGUUAUGGCAAAUGGUACAUUUUCAGCUGAGAGAGGCUGGAUAAUAGGUCUCUCAACGUUCAAGAGAUCCUCAAACGUGAGUCUGGUCAAGUCCGGAGAGAUGUUUAUUUUAUCGGCGAUAUUGGAAUUUGAAGAUCUGCAAAUGGGAUACGACAAAUACAUGGCAACGUUUCUGAAAUCGAAAAUCACAGGGAAGUUGGAUGGAUACUUCAUACAUAAGCAAUUUAUAAUCAAAGUGGCCAUGGAUCCAAAAGAAGAUGGCACAUGCUCAUCAACGCUUCAUGAAAUAAGAUUCUUCAAGACCAACGGCUAUAGAAUUCAGGAGUUAACAAAUAUAGAAGCUUUCGACUGGUUACGCAUAAGAAUAAAUAAUUGGUUGAUAGGGUACUUUAAGACUGAAGUAGUUAAGGAUAUUGAGAACGUUCUGAGCACCGCUGUGCGCAAUUCUUUAAGUCGAUUUGACUGCGGGGAAUAUCUUCCCAGCUUCAAAAUCUUGCUGUGACUCAACACAGACUUGAAAAAUGCAGUUAUCUUAUCGCAGGGAAUAAAUCUAAUAUGAGAGCAGUUUUACUGAAUAUUCUUGCUUUUUAUCAACGGUAAUACUGAUCUCCUUAGAGUAGAUUAGAAGUUAGACCUCAUUUCAACUCUGAGAGUUAUGAGAGUUGACGUGAAAUUUUCAUUUGAAAUACCUAAUUGUAUUAUGUUUUCUUGAAUCACAGAGCAAAGCAGAGAUGAUCUCAAAGCCUACGGUGGAAAGUCGCCGAAUGCAAUGUAUAUAUUGUAUUCGAUUUCUUUUAUAGGGGAAUAUUUUUGAAAUUGUAGAAAACUGAAUUAAUUUUUUUAAUACAUAAGGGAAUUUUCUUAAUUAGAAAAUGUAGUUUCGUUAAUAGAGCUGCGUAUGUAUUGAAAUUAGCCUUUUUCUCGUCUUGUUAGUAAUGACUACUUCCUGGUCCAAAAUAGACACAAUAAGGAUCGUUUAUCAAUGGACCUAAAAAAUUUAAGACAGUGAAAUAUGCCAUUUAGAGGGAUUCUAAGGUACAUUUCCUACUUAAUACAGAAAUCAAGAGACAGCAGUCCCGCUGUAGUUCAAACGAGGAUCGAAUUUCAGACUGGCGAAAUUCGCUCUCGCCAUGAGAGCUGUUUUUAAAAUGUAACAAAUUUACACAACAUAUCUUAUCGAGAUAUCGGAGUCGUGUACUGACUAUAGUUCUUCAAACUAUUCUACAUUUUGUAGUAAGCCUGAUGUGUAAUUUCUUCUUUUAAAAAUAAUGUUGGAAAUAAACGAACACUUAUCAUCAGA